AUGUGGCAAACUUGCUUUUUGCUGUGUUUGAUAUUAUUUGGAGGCUCUUCAGAGGCAAAAAAUGUGCUACUGCUUUUAGCCGACGAUGGGGGCUUCGAAAUGGGAGCCUACCGCAACCGCAUCGUGCAGACUCCGUUCCUGGAUGCUCUGGCUAAAGAAAGCCUAAUUUUCAACAAUGCCUACGCGUCGGUAAGCAGCUGUUCGCCUUCUCGGGCAGCAAUACUGACCGGCAUGCCGGAACACCAGAACGGCCAGUACGGACUGCACAAUGGUGUGCACAAUUUCAACUCCUUCCCGAAAGUUCACAGCAUUUCAACCAUCCUAGGACAAGCAGGGAUCAAGACGGGGUUGAUCGGCAAGAAACAUGUCGGUCCGGAUGAAGUGUACAGAUUCGAUUACGAGCGCACAGAGGAGCAGUAUCCAAUUAACCAAGUUGGUCGUAACAUUACCCAAAUUAAACUUUUUGUGAGGGAGUUUUUGCAACACAGCAAAUCGAUCAGCAAUGGCUCUUUCUUCCUGAUGGUGUCUUUCCACGAUCCUCACCGAUGCGGGCACAUUACACCACAGUACGGCAGCUUCUGUGAGCGUUGGGGAUCGGGGGAAGAAGGAAUGGGUUUGAUACCGGACUGGCAUCCGAUCUACUACGUGUGGGAUGAGAUCGAUUUGCCGUAUUACGUUCCGGAUACACAACCGGCCAGAUACGACUUGGCCGCCCAGUACACCACUAUUUCUCGGCUCGAUCAAGGUGUUGGCCUUGUGCUACAGGAAUUGCAAGAUGCCGGUAUGGCAGAUGAUACGCUGGUCCUGUACACUUCCGACAAUGGACCACCGAUGCCGGCGGCUAGAACCAACCUCUAUGACCCAGGGAUGGCAGAACCAAUGUUCAUACGAUCACCGGAAAAAGGAGCUCGCAGAAAUGAAGUGACCUAUUCUAUGACUAGCCAUCUUGAUCUCGUCCCGACGAUCCUUGAGUGGUUUAACCUCACCCAUCCGCACCCACCCGCCAUUACUGGACGGAGUUUGUUACCUCUGCUGUACCACGAACCCGUAAACCCAGGCGAUGAUGCCGUCUUCGCCAGCCAGAGCUUCCACGAGAUCACAAUGGCGUAUCCUAUGCGAGCGAUUCGUACCAAGCGCUAUAAGUUGAUUCACAAUAUCAACUAUCAACUGCCAUUCCCGAUCGAUCAGGACUUCUACGUCUCGCCUACUUUCCAAGAUAUUCUCAAUCGCACCAAAGCGAAGCAGCCGGUGCCGUGGUACAAGACGCUCCACUCGUACUACCAUCGAUCGGAAUGGGAAUUGUAUGACUUAAAAAUGGAUCCAACCGAGUCGCGCAACCUUUUCGGUAAGAGCAGCAUGAAGGAAACGUUUGAAAUGCUUUAUAAACGGCUCCAGGAUUGGCUCGAGCAAACAAAUGAUCCUUUCCGCUGUGCACCAGAUGGCGUACUGCAGGACGUCGGUGAAUAUCAAGAUAAUCCCACGUGUCUAACUUUAGGACACUAA